AGACCCAUCCCUCCUUUGCAGCAAUUUGCUUGCUGGAGGCCCCAGGUUGCAUCAUCUCCAGCCCGCGGCUGCUGGGGGAAAGCUAGUCGUGCUGCGAUCCACUUAGUCCGAGGCUCCAGCCCGCUCUCCAGAGCCCAGACUGGGAGUCUCCCGAGGGCGGGCUCCAGAACACGCCCGGCACCGCUAGUGGACCUCGCCAGCUCCGCCUGCGCCAUUCAUUGAGACGCCAGUCCUUUCCUAGAGCCUAAAUCCCUCAUCUCCUUCAGCUCCGAGUCGCGGGCAGCGCCAUGGAGAAGAGCAACGAGACGGAGAAGAGCAGCGAGACCAACGGCUACAUAGACAGCGCCCAGGCUGGGCCUGCAGCGGGGCCUGGAGCGCCCGGGACCGUGGCAGGACGCGCACGGCGCUGCACCGGCUUUCUAAGGCACCACGCGCUGGUGUUGCUCACUGUGUCCGGCGUGGCGGCAGGCGCGGGCCUGGGCGCGGCGCUACGCGGGCUCGGGCUCAACCGCACGCAGGUCACCUAUCUAGCCUUCCCCGGCGAGAUGCUGCUACGCAUGCUGCGCAUGAUUAUCCUGCCGCUGGUGGUCUGCAGUCUGGUGUCCGGCGCAGCCUCUCUGGAUGCCAGCUCUCUCGGGCGACUGGGCGGCAUCGCCAUCGCCUACUUCGGCCUCACCACGCUAAGCGCCUCGGCGCUCGCGGUCGUUUUGGCGUUCAUCAUCAAGCCUGGGUCUGGCGCUCAGGAUCUUCAGUCCAGAGACCUUGGGCUGGAGGAGUCAGGCCCCACUCCGGUCCCCAAAGAGACAGUGGAUUCUUUCCUCGACCUGGCCAGAAACUUGUUCCCCUCAAAUCUUGUGGUUGCAGCUUUUCGAACGUAUGCAACGGAUUAUAAAGAGGUGGCCUACGGCAUGAACACUGGAAACAUAACCCUUGAAAAGAUCCCCAUUGGCACCGAGAUUGAAGGGAUGAACAUUUUAGGACUGGUCCUUUUCGCCCUGGUGUUAGGAGUGGCCUUAAAGAAACUCGGCCCUGAAGGAGAAGAGCUUAUCCGUUUCUUCAAUGCCUUCAAUGAGGCGACAAUGGUGCUGGUGUCAUGGAUUAUGUGGUAUGUGCCCGUGGGCAUCAUGUUCCUGGUCGGAAGCAAGAUUGUGGAAAUGAAGGACAUCGUCGUGCUAGUGACAAGCCUUGGCAAAUAUAUCUUUACAUCGAUAUUGGGCCAUUUUAUCCACGGAGGAAUUGUUCUACCACUUAUUUAUUUUGUUUUCACACGAAAAAACCCAUUCAGGUUCCUCCUGGGCCUCCUCACACCAUUUGCGACAGCAUUUGCCACCUGUUCCAGCUCAGCAACCCUUCCCUCCAUGAUAAAGUGUGUUGAAGAAAACAAUGGCGUGGACAAGAGGAUCAGCAGGUUCAUUCUCCCCAUCGGGGCCACCGUGAACAUGGACGGGGCAGCCAUCUUCCAGUGUGUGGCCACGGUGUUCAUCGCUCAGCUCAACAACAUAGAGCUGAAAGCAGGACAGAUUUUCACGAUUCUAGUGACGGCCACAGCGUCCAGUGUUGGAGCAGCAGGCGUGCCAGCUGGAGGGGUCCUCACCAUUGCCAUUAUCCUGGAGGCCAUUGGGCUGCCCACUCGUGAUCUUUCUCUGAUCCUGGCUGUGGACUGGAUUGUGGACCGUACCACCACCGUGGUGAAUGUGGAAGGGGAUGCCCUGGGUGCAGGCAUUCUCCACCACCUGAAUCAGAAGGCAGUGAAGAGAGGGGAGCAGGUGCUGAGUGAGGUGAAAGUGGAAGCCGUCCCCAACUGCAAGUCAGAAGAGGAGACGUCACCUCUGGUGACACACCAGAACCCCGCUGGCCCUACUGCCAGCACCUCGGAACUGGAAUCCAAGGAGUCGGUUCUGUGAUGGGGCUGGGCUUCGGGCUUGCCUGCCAGGGGUGGUACCCACCCUAUCAUCCCAGCCACCGGACACAGGCCCCGCCUACCACCCUCACCGACUUUAGCCUCCUGGGCAAUGCACUGGCCCAGUGACUGGUUUGAGGAUCACUUUUCAGCACAGGCAUUGGGCUUCCCAGCCAGAACUGCUUCCUGAGAACUGGGACACUGACAUUCAGUUUGAUUCUGAAACUGUAUGUGCACCAGGCUCUGUUUGAAAUACACCCUCAAGCUGCUAGGCUGGUGGAAAUAACAGGCUCAUAGGGACCUGAUGGUCAAGGCCUGGGAAAAUGCAGAAGCACCCUUCAUUACACCCAGUCACUCUGCUUGGCUGCUUUCCCAGCAAACCUAGGGGGAUUGCAGUCAUCUGUCACAUUGCCUUGUGAGCCAUAGUAAUUGGAAAAAUGCCCAAAUUCUUAGCCUUGGCUGAAAUUCGCUGAGCUGGGGUUCAAGGUGUUGGAGUUUGUGCUACAACUAGGUGCAGCUGGCUUCUGGUUCAAGGGUUGCUGGUGGGCUGGAGGCACUGCACAUUGUCAAGUUAGAAAUAAUCAGGUGCGUUUUAGCGAUGUUAGGGCUGCUGGGUUCUGUGGUCAGUGGUAUUAAGUAAUAAUGUAAAUUCUGAGGUCAAAGAAAGGAGGCGGAAUGCAGUCUGCAGGGGAAAGGGAAGCAACCUAACCAGGACAGAAUACACACAUGUAACUGUCCCCAUUCUCGUCCCAGCCUUGGGGAAGUUUUCAGCUUCCGUGACCUGGGCCUCUGACAAGUCUCGUGUUAUCCCCACCCACUCUGACUUGGCAACAGGACAGACAGAUGCCUUGUCUUCUGGGGAUGUGUGAUGUGGCCAUUACCUUCGGGACCCUGGUUGGUUUAUCAAUCAAUUUAACUAGCCCUCCCUAAAAUACUGCAUUCUGGCAAAAGUAAAAAUAAAAAAUAAAUAAAAGUUAAAAUUAAAAAAUGCAAACCCACACACUAACUGGGGUGGACUGUCCCCAUUUCCAAGUCCCCAGAUCCCCUGGUUUUGGUUGAUCUCCUUGGAUGUGGUUUCCUUUCCUGCCAGUAUAUCAAAGUUUGAAAUUAUAAGCCAGACACCCGUGUUCCUCCAGAUACCUAUGGGCUUGGUUUGAAUCGAAGUGAGGGGUCUUACAGAGAAGACCAGUGUGACCAGUGACAGAGAAGACCUAAAAGGCACAAGACUGCCAUGUCACGGAGGCUGUUGGUGUGGAUCCAUGGUGUGGCCUGCAGCGAGUCCUGGGGCCUCACUUUACCCCAUCUGUGAAAUGGGACCAAUGUCACCUGCCUCUAACCUACCUCGGAGGGAUUUGGUGAGGCAAACUGAGUGAAUCUGUGAAGACAACCAUUUCACUUCUUGGAUAUCAAGUGCUAACACCCCUGUGCUCUUACUUUUUACUGAAGUGAUUCCUUUUUCCACAGAGGCAUAGCUCUCCAGGUGAAGACAGCUGUUAGGAGCAGGACUUGUUCUCUGUGUGCUUUAGCCACUUUUGUCACUCCAUUCUCCUUGUAGCUCCUUGACAACAUCCAAGGCAGCCUCUUCCUGAUGUCCUGUGACUGUUCAUGAAUUAACCACCUCACCUUUCAUUGCAUUUCUGGGUACCAGACCUGCCUGUGACUCCCAGAUCCAGACACUCACUGUUCCUGCCACACCAUCAAAGCUCCCAAACUUUAACCCUCGUUCAUGUCCUUGUUUUCCCUGUUGCUGUGGUGUGGCUGUCACCCAGGCCCUACAGAAGGGGGGCGCUCCAUUAAGAUGUGAGUCCCAUUGUAAUGAGUAUGGGCAGAUGGGACAGAGACAGUUGAGCUUCGCCAUUUAAAAAUCAGCAGCCCAUGUCUGAGCAGGAGGGGUGGGUGGGGAAGAGCCAUGCACACAGAGCUGGCCCAGCUCCCUCCAAAUCUUGACGCCUGCUAAGCCAGUCCCAUGACCUGUGGAGACUGGAGCGGCCAGGAACUGAGCUGAGAGGUGCCUGGAAACAUGUUACCCUCUGACUAUAGCUUGCUGAUACCCUUCUGUUUUCAAAGGAGGAGACAGUCCCAUUGAUUCCCAACUGCGGUGAACUUUCACUGCUUUUCAGGCUUUGAUGUAUUUCAUCUUUCCCUCUUCACAUUCAUGGCUAUAUGUGCACAUAUAUGUAUAUAUACAUGUGUGUAUAUAUUGUUUUAGCUCCAAUCCCCGCAAGUCUGAGUUUGGAUAGAGGUGAAUGAACUUCAAGUUGUGUCACUUUGGCAUCAGAUUUUCCUGUUUCUAAUGAUGAAUUUCACAAAACGCAGAAAUUAGAGCAAAGCAGUAAGACCCCAUGGCGGCACCUGGUCUCUGCCGUGCAGAGUGCCGUGGCCUGAAGAAGCAUUCUUCCACACAAAAUCCUGAUGGUGAUCACUCCCCCUCCCACUGGGAGGGAGAAGGUGCUGUUUUUCUCUGUUUCUUAGCCCAUAGGAGGAAUCAGACCAGGAGUGGUCUGGCGGGGGAACAUCCCACUGUUCUCAUGUCUGAAGACGUCCCCCUCACUAUUCUCUCGUUACGCAUCGUACAUACUGUUCAAGUGCCAUUCAUCUCUGACUGUUUUGUAUGCAUGACAUUUGCCUUAAACAUAGUAGUCUUCAAAAAUGAAUACAGUGUUUCUACUAGG